AGCAGCUGACCCCACAGGCUGUGGGGAGGGCAUCUCCUAUGUCAAAGUGGCUUGUAAACCCAAGCAGGAAGACAAAACCCAAGUGAAUGGAAGGAGAGUGAAGGGUACUGAUGCAGACCUUCGACAUCUCACCCUCAAGAAAGCCAAGAACUUGCUGAGAACAUUUGGGAUGUCAGAGACAGAGAUCAGGAAGCUAUCCCGCUGGGACAUGAUCUCAGCUGUCCGAGCCCUGUCUACCAAGGAGCUACAUUCAGGAAACAAGUCCAGAGCCCUCACCAGAUUUGCACGAGUAUCCCAUUCUUCAGGAGCUGAGCAGCAGAGACACUAUCAGCAAGAGGUCCAAAGAAUUUUUGACCUUCAGAACAGGGUCCUGGCUUCUACCGAGGUGCUGUCCACAGAUACAGAUAGUAGCAGCUCAGAAGAGGAAAAUGAUGAAAUGAUGGACUGGAUGUGUCAGGGAAUUGAGAACCUCCUGGAGGGUAAGACCAACUCUCGGAGUCUACAGAGAAAAAAAGAAAAACAGGAUUAUCAGGAGCUGAAGCAACUGAUGCUCAGAGAUGGGCGUACUCACCUCCAAGACAAAGGUAAGAAAGAGCAGCAGGAUAGGGGUUCAACCACCUCAGCUCCUGUAUCUCUGGUUAUCUACCGGACUUAUAUUGAUGAGUCUGGCAAGGAAUAUGUGCAGAAAGAGAUAAUCCGGGACCCAGCAGUGAUCAAACUAUAUACCCAUGUGAAGAGCACCAAAGAUGAGGACUUUAUCCGGAAGACCUUUCCAGCAGAUGAAGAGAAACAGCAGGAAAUACGGAAAAAGAAGAAAAGACUCCAAGACAGACUUCGCCGAAUCCGCAUAGCAGAGGAAAGAAAACAGCAAAGGGAAGAGAGGAAAGAGGUUCCCCCAGAGAAACUUCCCAAGCCAGAGGUCCCAAAAUUGAAUCUAAUAGGUGAGGACUGUGGAUCCCACAUUAAGACAAAGAAGACAUGUCCAAAGUAUUGCCCACCCAAGGACCUGACCCCCAGGCUCAAGGGGAGCAGGAAGCAGGAGGACCGAGAACUGGCUAAACAACUCCCUCAAAAGUCUCUUAUCCAGCCCCUAAGAACCAGAAAUUUCAUGGAGAGAAAACACAAAUUUGAAAAUACAAAUGCGGUCCAAAGGGAGACUAUUAAGGUGAAAGUUAAGAAAAGGCCUCUGCCCCUGAAGAGGAAGUCUGAUACUCCUCAGAAGAGAAGACGUGUGCAUAUGGACCCCAGUGAAGGUUUUAGCUGUAUCCGGCAUCCUUGCCAACCUGCUCUUCCUUGCCCUCCAUCCAAGAGAUGUAGAAAAUCUCCUCCAGUACUGUCUCCCCAGGUCCCUUUGGAAAAGCCUGAGAAGACUUCUGGGAAUCUUUUGGCAGAACCCCCUCAGAAGACUCCGCCAUCUCCAGUCCAUUUAGCUCAGAGUAAAUCUGAAUCUCCUUCACAGUUAGUGCGUAAAAACUGGGGUCUUCAAAAUUGGCUUCAACAAAAAUACAGAAGUUUAACACAGCCUUGCCAGAAAGAACCCGACAAUAUGAUCCAGCCUCAGAAACCUGUGAUCCCUCUGGCCAAGGAAGGCCCAGUUUCUUCACACCUCCUGUCCCAUUCUGCUAAGAAGUCUCAGAAUCCUUUAACAUGUUCAAAGCCUUUGUUUCAUAAUUCAUCUGGUAAGCAAUGCAAAAGACCCAGAAAUUCUCUAUGUCAGCCUAACCAGAAAUUAAGUCAGGAACCCACAAUUGCUUGCAAACAAGUUCCUCAGGACAUAUUGGGCAGAUCACUUCAGAGACACCCAUUGGACAAGGACACACAGCCAUCCUCCUGCAGAAAUCAGGUACCCCAGGGGUACUGUAGGACAGAAUGCCAAAGCAUCAAAACGAGUAUUUUGUAUGAGGACCUCCAGGUUUCUGAUACAGAUGAAGAAGAAGAGAAGGAGGAAAUAUAGACUAAAUGAAGAAAUACAAAGAUUUUUACCCUCUUGUGAGGGUUUUUUGUAGAUGGAGAGGAAACAAAGUGAAAUUUUGGAGAAGCCUUAUGUUAUGCUUGAAAAAUUAUUUUAUUUAGGAUAACAUUGUACAUAAUAACAGCAAGAGUAUGUCCUGGUCAACUUCGCUCUUCUCAGUAAUACGCUAAUCCAAAACAAUUCCGAUAGACUUGUGUUACAAAACGCCAUCCACAUCCAGAGAGAAGAUUGAA